AUGAAUAUUAUGCACCGCGCAGAGCAAAAGAUCACAUGUGUCGGCUGUCAUGCUACGUUCAGUCGUGCCUAUGCUCUUAUGGCUCAUGUCGAAAGCGGAAGCUGUGAGGGGUUUACUGAAGAGCAGUAUAGAGCUCAACGGAUACAAAAACGCGCGACUAGAGCGGCAUUAGAGAGUCAAAUAGGAGGCAGGAGAGCCCUUCCUGGGGCAUGUGGAACUACGGCGUCAGUUGCCGAAAGUCUCGACGGUGGCGUGAGGCUGAAUAUCCUGGACGAUUCUGAGCUUCCGAUCCCGGAAAGGAGAAUGAGGGAUAUCGUCGCCAGGGCCAGCAUCGGAGAUGAAGAGUUGGAUGAUGCGACCUCCGAAAUAAGCGGUAUUACACACAGCACCAAGCAGUGGCCCACAAUGGUUCUAGAUGAUAAAAAUGGAAAGGAAAAAUGCGACAAUGAUGACCUUAUGGCCUUCUCGGACCUCGGAAUAGAUGAUACUGAAGACAGCAAUAUGGCCGCCAAUGAGGAAGAGACCGGCGAGUUGGAUGACUGGGGCGAAGCGCCGCCAAUGGAGAGCGGUGAAAAGCGACUGAAGGAGCACUUUACUCUCUGGGACACCGACCAGCUGUAUAAUACUGUACUUGGGGCAUAUGUUUGUCCUUGUGAUAAAGUAUUCAAGACCCCGGAGGAAAUAUCCGACCAUUUGAACUCCGGGAUCCAUGAUGGAGGGGUCGUCUAG